AUGGCGUCUUCAGUUGGUGGUGUGCUUUCCGGAGUAAAUCCGUUUCACUACAACGCUAGCGCUCCUUACACCCUUUUUUUAAUACAGGCGUGCAUUAUCCUGGUGCUCUCGAAUGGAAUACAUGCCGUUAUGUCUAGGAUGAGACAGCCGAAAGUAAUUUCGGAGGUUCUCGCAGGAGUCAUUCUGGGCCCAACCGCAUUUGGCCAAAUCCCACACUACACAGAAACCAUCUUUCCCAAGAGCUCGAUAUCCGGGCUGACGCUGGUUGCCAACCUGGGUAUCAUCCUGUUCAUGUUCUUCCUGGGCCUAGAGGUUGACAACGGGUUCAUCAGGCAGAACGGGCGCACAGCAUUGUCCAUCGGGCUCGCAACGCUAGCGGUGCCGUUUGGGUUCGGGUGUUUGUUUGCGCUGCCGCUGUACAACAAUUACAUGAAGUCGGAUGACACACCUGAAGUCAAGUUUACCGUUUUCAUGGUUUUCAUCGCGGUAUCAUUCGCCGUCACGGCAUUUCCAGUUCUGUGUCGAAUCUUGGCAGAGCUGAGGCUCGUAAAGGAGCGCGUGGGGGUCAUUGUUCUGACCGCAGGAACCAUGAAUGACGUGGUAGGCUGGACCCUGUUAGCGCUGUGUAUUAUCCUGUCGAACUCGCAGUCGGACCCCGUUAAUGUGGUUUACAUUCUCCUGUGUACUGCGGGUUGGAUAUUACUUUAUGUGUUCCCACUGCGCUACGCGCUCAGGUGGUGUCUUGUUAAGACCAAUGAGCUAAAGAGGGAAAAGCCUUCCUCUCUGAGCACGCUCUGUAUCCUGGUCCUGGCUUUUCUUAGUGCCUACUUCACAGAUAUCAUCGGCGUGCAUCCGAUUUUCGGUGCUUUUAUAGCAGGCCUUAUUGUGCCCCGGGAGGAAGGCUACGUCAUCAAGCUUGCCGAAAGAAUGGAAGACAUCCCAAACCUAGUGAUGAUUCCAAUAUACUUUACGAUCGCAGGACUUAACGUCAACCUGACCUUGCUUAACAAAGGAAGAGACUGGGGGUUUGCAAUCGCCAGUAUCGCCAUUGCUGUCGCGACGAAGGCGCUUUCCGGGGCAUUACUCUCUAAGUUCCAUGGGCUCUUCUGGAGAGAAUCAUUUGCAGUCGGCGUCUUGAUGUCUUGCAAGGGUAUUGUUGAAAUUGUCGUUUUAAGUACUGGUUUGAAUGCGGGAAUCAUUUCUGAGAAAGUUUAUGCCAUGUUUAUAUUCAUGGCGCUGAUUUCGACCUUCAUAACCACACCCUUAACCGUUUGGAUCUUGCCUGAAUCCUACAGAGAUAAAGUGGAGGACAUUCUCAGCGAACAGAGAGCCAAAGAACAUAAGGAGUGCGAAGUAAAAGGAGAGUCCACCGGAGCUUUUAGCUUUCCAGAGAAGUGGCCAAUUCAACGCAUUGUCGUUGUGCUUAAUGACGCCGAGAGUUUGGCUGCAACUCUGUCAGUUCUGCAGUGUAUCAUCGGUGCACAUCACAAUCACUUUUAUACGCCGUCCAAAGAGUGUGUGACGCGGAUCAUCACGAAGGAUGAAGAAGCUCAUACGUUGUGUGCGUCUCCGACUAUAAAGCAUAUCGAGAACGAGGCCGAUCUGGUUGUCAAAACGUUGUACCUCAGGCAGCUCACCGACCGUACCACGGACGUGAUAUCAACGUCUUCGGUCGAAAACUCAAAACAACUUUUAGCUAGUGACAGCACGCUCAGAACCUUCAAAAUUUUCGCUGACUUGUUUUCCAUUAGAUAUGAUAACGAAACAAUGUUCUCUAAUGCCAGAGAAAAGGUGCUGAAUAUUGCCAGUAUCCCAUUUUCUACCUCAGACAUACUUUUGUUUCCACUAAAAGGGAACCUUGAUGUGAAAGAGCCCUGGCUAAGCGAUGGAUUGGGCCAGAAGACGUCGGAUAUCAUGCAACGUCUGGGUUCUCAAAAUGAACUUCCUGAAGACUUCGUCAAUAAAUUGGCCACUUCGGUGAAAACUAACGUCGUUUUGUAUUUUGCAAAUCAAGAUCAAGAGCUCACUACGGAACAAACGAAAGAGUCGGAACAAAUUAUAUUGAUUCUGCCAAGUUCGAGCCUUGUAAGUUCUGACUACCUUGCGUUGUUCUUGACGCUUAUUGUUUAUCAAGGGCAUCGGAGAAAUGGAAAGCUUGCGGAGCUUUUCAUCCUUUGUAAUCAGAAAAACAAAGACUCAAGGCGUAUACUUGACCAAUGGUUUGCGGCAUUUGAAGUUAGCGAUGCGCGCUUGCAGGGGAUUGAAGUAGCUGGAGAUUUGGAUUGUGAUGACACUGAAGGGGAGUCGUCCUUAAGUAAAACUUCAACGGCAAGCCCGAAACUGAUGUCCCUGCUAAGCAAUGACGCAAGAACCGUUGUUUUUGUGGGUGAUUCUGAAUUUUACAGAAAGGGUAAGCUCAAUUCGUGCUCCCUAGACUUAGUGUCAGCUGCUUCACACUUUAAGGCAGACCUAGUUAUCUGCAAUCAUCCGCCAAGCCUGACCUGCUGCGAGCAAAGUUGA